UCCAAUCAAAAAACGAGAGACGGGGAACGAGGGGGAGGCGAGGCCGGUAGCCCAAUCAGAAUGGGCUUCAGGAGGCAGGCUAGCCAAUGGCGGCGCGGCCAGCGAACAAAAGGCGCUUCCUAAGCGACCACCCCUUUCUCCCCCUCAGAACAGUUUUCGGAUGACGCAACGGUUGGAGCUGGAGGAGGAAAGUGUUCGCGAGCCGCCGGAGCCGCCGCCAUUUUGUGCGUGUGUUUCUGAGGCAAAAAAAGGAAAGAAAAAAGCGGCUCGGCGACUAAGCGGCGUCGGCGGCCAGCGAAGCUCCUGCUUAACGAGACAUCGGCGGUGGCGGCGCGGAGAAUGAGCUAGGAGAAGAGGCCGGCAAAGGAAGAGUAGCGGCGGCGGCGGCACCGACGACGGCGACAGCCAAGGGGCGGGAGGAGGAAAGGGUUGUCCUGUCUCUCCUUCUUUCUCUCCUCGGCGGGGGUCGGUCGUUCCCGCGGCCUUUCCCGCCCUGCGGAGGGGGAGAAUGUCGGGCGGCUGUAGUAGUAGUAGCCCCAGCAGCGGCGGCACGUCGUCGUCGGAGGGGGCCGCUGCUGGCGGCGGCGGCAGCAGCGAGGACGCCUGCCGCGACUACCAGUCGUCGCUCGAGGACCUGACGUUCAACAGCAAGCCGCACAUCAACAUGCUGACCAUCCUGGCCGAGGAGAACGUGCCCUUCGCCAAGGACAUCGUCUCGCUGAUCGAGGCGCAAAUCGCCAAGGCACCUUCUAAUGAGAAACUUCCUGUUAUGUACCUUAUGGACUCCAUUGUCAAGAAUGUUGGAAGAGAAUAUCUUGCUGCAUUCAGUAAAAACCUAGUUGCAACAUUUGUUAAUGUGUUUGAAAAGGUGGAUGAAAAUACUAGGAAAAGUUUAUUUAAAUUACGUUCUACGUGGGAUGAAAUUUUCCCUUUGAAGAAACUCUAUGCCCUUGAUGUCCGGGUGAAUUCAGUAGACCCUGCGUGGCCAAUUAAACCGCUACCCCCUAAUGUGAAUACUUCUAGCAUCCAUGUGAAUCCUAAGUUUUUAAAUAAAUCGCCUGAGGAACCACCUGCACCUAGCUCUACAAUCUGUUCUCCUCCUGUGUCCUGUUCUGCUGUGUCCUCUACUCCAAUUGUUCCUGAAAUACAAAAGAAUUUGACUCAAGAGCAGCUAAUAAGACAACAGCUACUGGCAAAACAAAAACAGUUGUUAGAACUUCAACAGAAAAAAUUAGAACUGGAACUAGAGCAGACUAAAGCACAACUGGCAGUUUCUCUUAGUGUUCAGCAAAGUGGAUCCAGUUUGGGUCAAGCAUCUGUGAAACAACAUGUUCCACAGCCUUCUCACAUGCCAAUUAAAGCUCCCCAUCAGGUUUGUCUGCCACCUGAGAAAAACCGUCUAUCUCCACUUCAUGAUGUCAAAAUAGCCAACAGGGAUCCUCGUCUUAAUAGAACAAGUCAACAUUCUUCUCAUUCUAAAGAUCAAAGUCAUAGGAAAGAUUUUAUAAUUAAUCCAGUAAACCAGACUGAUCCAAAGACUAGCAAAACUCUACAGGCUGAAAAACAAAGUUCAUCAAAGCAAGAAAGACUAAAACAGAGUGAGAAAUCACAAAAGAAAGACUUUGAUCAAUUAGAUUCAAAAUCAAAAUCACCAUCUCCCUUGCAGAACAAGCUGCUUCAUUCUAAAGAUAACAGAAACCAAGAAAGUGAAAACACCAGAGUGUCUGAAAUAAGCAAGCGAGAUCCAAGAUUAAAAAAGCAUCUUCUAGAGAAGCCAGAUGGUAAAGACGAUGAUACAAAAGAAAAGAGAAGAAGCAUGGAGAGAAAAGACAAAGAAGAACAUAGAUCACUGAGUGGUAGAAAUAAAAUAAUUAAUGGCAUUGUCCAAAAACAAGACCCCAAUACUGAAGAGUCAGAGAAACAGGUUGGAAAACCAGGAAGGUCAAGUACUAGAAAAAGGUCGCGUUCUCCUAGAUCUCGGUCACCAUCUUCCCAUUCUCCAAAACGAAGAGAGAGGAGGUCACCCAAAAGACGGCUCAGAAGUCUGUCUCCUGGACCUAAAAUUGGGAAGCCUCGGCAAUUGGGACCAAAGCAAUCCCACAUAGAGGACUUUGGGCAGGGAAUACGGGAUGAAAGGAGCUGUAAUAAAAGGAGCCUUAAGCAGGAAGGGAGAGAUUCAAGAAGACUGAAGAAAACUCAUGAAGACCGACCACAGGAAGCAAUGAAUCAGCAUUCUUCAAAAGCAAAUUCAGAACCUAAAGAAAAUGUGGAGAACUGGCCAAAUUCGAAGUCAAAUAAAAGGUGGAAAUCUGGUUGGGAAGAAAAUAAAAACCCCCAACCAAAUGAAGAACAUCAAGGACUUUGUAAAUCACCUCAUCAGAGGCACAGGGACACCUGGGCAAGCAGUAAAGGAGUUCCAUCAUCUCGCACACCAAAGCAGCAACAUAGAUUAAGUGUGGAUGCUAAUUUGCAGAUUCCCAAAGAACUGACCUUGGCAAACAAGAGAGAGAUACUUAAGAAGGCAAAUGAAAGCCUAUCAUCUGGUGAAAUAACACAAGAUGAGUUCCUUGUUCUGUGUCAUAAGAUUCGCCAGCUCUUCCAGUAUCAGGAAGGAAAGCACAGAUGUAAUGUCUGGGAUAGUCCCACAGGUGAAAAGGGAAUUUCAAAGAAGAAGCCCCUGUUGUCUGAUGCGGAUUUAAUAUAUCACGAACAUAAAGCUAAGCUCAAAAGAACACAAGUUCAGCAUUCGUUUCCAAGGCUCAACAUGAUGGAUGCUGAAGAAAUUUUACUUGAACGACACUUGAGCGAUACAUUUCUUUCUGGAAUGGACUGUGAACAAACAAAAAACAAAUCUGGGGGUCAGUUUGGUGAAAGAUCAAGGCGUCAUUCUCCUGUUGGUGGUAACAGACCAUACUUGGAUAAUUCACCACAUGAUGGCCGGAGAAGACAUGAUGAGCCAAACUCUUCCAAAGGCAUUCGAGAGGAGCAGAGGUCUUCAUUCAGUGAACAUUACAAGAGAUCGAGAUAUGAAGAUGCAGAAAAACAGUUUCCUGAGAAUCCAGGCUCACGAUUUGGAGUUGCAGAUGGAAAGCAAAGAUUUAGUUCAUUGAUGGAAGAAAGAUCUCAUUUUGAGGGUUCUCCCAGACAUCCUGGCACAAGGGCAGGUGGAGAUGGACAAGGAACUCAUUUUGAAGGGCUGGCUAAUGCAACUUCUAGAAUUGAAGGACCACAAGCACAGACUAAUUUAAGGUUUGAGGGGUCUCUAAGCAAGCCAGCAUCUCAGUUUGAUGGGCCUCUGGGACAAUCUGGGGGAAAGAGUUCUCUGUUUGACGGACCACCAGCACAGAUGGGUGGUGGUCCCUUGAGGUUUGAAGGGCCCUCAGGGCAAGUUGGUGUAGGGACUGCUAUACGUUUUGAGGGUCCUGUGGCACAGCCAGGAGGAACUUUGAGGUUUGAGGGUCCCACAGGCCAAUCUGUGAGUGGUAUGAGAUUUGAAGGGACCCAUGGUCAGCCCUCAGGUGGGAUAAGAUUUGAGGGACCUCAUGGCCAGCCAUCUACUGGAAUUAGGUUUGAGGGACCGCAUGGUCAACCAUCUGCUGGGAUGAGGUUUGAGGGACCACAUGAUCAGCCUUCAGGUAGUAUGAGGUUCGAUGGCCAACCUUCUGGUGGUAUGAGGUUUGAAGGCCCACACGGCCAACCUUCAAGUGGUAUAAGGUUUGAAGGGCCCCUUGAUCGUCCUGUGGGGCCUCACGGUCCCCCAGGAGGUGGAAUGAGGUUUGAGGGUCCCCAUGGUCAGCCCAUAGGGCCUCAUGGUCAACCAGGGAGUGGUAUACGGUUUGAAGGGCCACAUAUGCAGCCAAUGGGACUGCUUGGCCAGCCAGGAGGGAACUUGCGGUUUGAAGCUUCACAUGGCCAGCCGAUGGGUCCUCUUGGGCAGCCAGCAAGUGGUCUGAGAUUUGAAGGGCCUCGCGGGCAACCUAUAGGUCCACAUGGGCAGCCUGUGGGGCCUCAUGGCCAAGCUAUUGGGUCACAUGGUCAACCAGGUAUUGGUCCUAGGUUUGAGGGGCUUCAUGGGCAGCCUGUGGGGCCACAUAGUCAGCCAGGGAUUGGUCCCAGGUUUGAGGGACCUUCAGGCCAGUCUGGAGGUGGACUUAGGUUUGAAGGACCUAUUAACCAAACGGGCCCAAGGUUUGAUAGUUGUCAAACAAGAUUUGAUGGUCAACCUGGUCAGCCAUCGCUUUUGCAAAGACUGGAUGGAUUGCAUGUACAACAAGGUCCGAGGUUUGAAAUAGGCCCUGCUCAGACACAACCGAGGUUUGAAGGUCCACCGGGUCAGCAAGUACCGCCACGAUUCGAUACACCAAUACCUCAACGGUUUGAAGAUAAACACCAGCAGGCAACGCGAUUUGAUAUUCCUCUUGGUCCGAGAAUUGAAAGUGUAGCUAAUCAUCCUGCCUCAAGACUGGAAACACCACCUUAUGGACAAACUGGCCCUUACAAUGAACCUCCCAAUCAGCCCCCCUAUAAUACACCAUCACAAGGAAUGCAAUUCCAGAGAACUGAGCAAAUAUUUGAUACCCCUCAAGGACCAAAUUUCAAUGGGCCACCUGUUUCUGGUGCACAAGGCUUCCCUAAUACAAUUAACAGGGGAUCUGGACCUUACUUUGAUGAUAAGAAUCUUCAGGGCCCUCAAUAUGGAAGCUUUAGUAGUAUGACGGUGGGAAAUGUUCAGCAGCCACAGCAGGUUCCUGUUAUGCCAGUAGCAUCUACUCAACCUGUACCUUAUAAUCAAGGGCAGCCACUCUUACCAGUUCAUGCACAAAAUCCUGGAAGCUUUGUCCAAAGUCAACCAGGGAACACUCCACUUUCCUAUCCUGAUAAUCAUCUUGGACAACUUGAUGUAAAUGAAUUAUACUCAAAACUACUUUCCACAGGAAUUCUCAAAGUUUUACAGCCUGAUUCAACUUCCACACAAGUCAAUGAAGUUUCUACCCAACCAGCACCAGAGGAGGAAGAGGAGGAUCAAGACCAAAAUGAGGAUCAAGAUGUCCCAGACCUAACGAACUUUGUGAUAGAAGAAUUAAAACAGCGUCACGAUAGCGUUAUAAACCGGCUCUAUACUGGCAUUCAGUGUUACUCUUGUGGAAUGAGGUUCACGACUUCACAGACAGAUGUAUAUGCAGACCAUUUGGACUGGCACUAUCGUCAGAAUCGCACCGAGAAGGAUGUUAGCAGGAAAGUCACUCACAGGAGAUGGUACUACAGCUUAACGGACUGGAUAGAGUUUGAAGAAAUAGCUGAUUUAGAGGAGCGUGCAAAGAGUCAGUUCUUUGAAAAAGUGCAUGAAGAAGUUGUGUUAAAAACACAAGAAGCUGCUAAAGAAAAGGAAUUUCAGAGUGUUCCUGCAGGCCCAGCUGGAGCAGAUGAGAGCUGUGAAAUCUGCCAGGAGCAAUUUGAGCAAUAUUGGGAUGAGGAAGAGGAGGAGUGGCACCUUAAAAAUGCAAUUCGAGUAGAUGAAAAGAUCUACCAUCCAUCAUGCUAUGAUGAUUAUCAAAAUACCUCAUCGUUUGAUUCAACACCAUCUCCUAGCAAGACACCUGUAGAAAACCCGCUAAAUAUUAUGUUGAACAUUGUUAAGAAAGAAGUACAGGACUCCUGUAAUAGUCCCAAGGUGGAAGAAGAAUCUGAGGAAAAACCUGAUGAACAUAUGGAUGGGAGCACACCUGCACUGGCUGAAAUUAAAGCAGAACCUGAAGAGGUUGAGUCAAUUUAAACAAACUAUUUUUUUUAUUACAGAGAAGAGCUACUGUGUGUUCUAGCUGACUCUAAGAGGCAAAUAAUUUUUCUAUGAAUAAAGUGUUCACUUGGGGCAGGGCCCCAGCUGCUUAUUUGGUUAAUAAAUACAUUUUUGUAUUUGAAUUUCUUAUUGCCUGCACAGUGUCAGGUGUCUAUUGUGUGGAAGUUCUGUAGAUGGCGUACAAAUUUAACAGGAAUAGACUGUAUAUGUAAGAAAAAUUGUAUGGAUUUUUUCAUUUGUGGAAAUGUAAAUUAUAAAUAAAAAUAUUUUUGCUAUC